CUUCCGAUUGGCCUGAGGAGGUUCCCUCCUGAGCUGUGAUUGGCUACCUGCCACGUGCUGCCGGUGUUGCCGGGCCGUGGCGGCAGCACAAACAAGCUGCGUGGGGGAGUCGCAGCAGGAACCGGGCGCUUUUGAUGGAGACACCUGGCGACUGUAGCAGCCCAUAUGUCAGGGUGACUCCUGGGUUCCUGACACAUCUGCAAGAUUUGGAGCCCCAAGUGGCAAGAAGACGCUUAUCUCAGGCACGACACCGGGCUACGCUAGCAGGACUCUUCAACAACCUGCGGGAAACUGUGUUUUCUCAGUCAGACAAUUCAGCAUCAAAGUGUCAGGUUUUGCGUAAAGCUAAGAAUUAUAUCCAGGAGCUGGAGCAAACCUUGGGUACCUUGCUGAAGAUGAAAGUAGAGUCCUUCAAUCUGGAGGAUGGGAACCCGUCCAGCUUGGAGGAAGUCAAGGAGGAAUAUGUCAAGAUGUACUUCAGCGAUCACUGUACUGCAUCCCCCUCAGAUGCCAUGAGUGAGAGUGGCUCUACAGUCUGGUAUUUGAUUCAAGAAUCUGAAAAAAACGCAGUAGAAGAGGAUGGGAAGCCAAGACUUAUCCAGUCCCCAGCCACUUCAUCUCCUGAUCUGAUGGAGUUUGAACGGUACCUGUAUUUUUAUAAACAGACCGUGGACCUGCUGGUUGAGAAUGGGAUUGUGUGCACCGAAGAGGUCACUCUUCCUGUGGUCUCCACCGCUGUUUCCCACCUAUGGCAGAAUCUUCCAGAGGAAAGGAGAGACAGUGUCUUGCAGUACUGUAGUCAGAGACAAAAUAUACUCCCAGAUCCCAAGGCAGCCUGCACUGAAGGUAGUGUGAGGAACAGCAGAGCUAAUAGUCAGGAGCCCAGUGGUUCAUUGGUAUCCACGCCAGAGGAGAUACUAUUUGAAGAUGCAUUUGAUGUUGCUGCUGGUUUCCUUGACAGAAAUGAGACUCAACAAGCACUGUCCAGUCCAGGCUCAAUGUUUGCAGGCUGCACCUCAGAAAAUCCAGAGGAUAACCACCGGCUCUACUUGCAGAUCACUGGUUUCUUAAAGGGUCUUUUCUUUGCUAACACACAGUUUCCCCAGGAAGAGGCUCCUCAGUUUGACUAUGAGACCGUGAUGCUGCAGUGCACGGAGACCUUUGAUGAUGAAGAUUUGUAAAUACAGGUGUCUCCAUUAACUAAAGCAUUACAGAGCAUUGCUUGAUGUGCCUGGCCCGUGAAGAGAUGCUGCACCCGUUUCAGUGAGCUGCUUCAGGACAUGGAUGGAGAAACUGUGUUGAAGUGAUUUGUUACUGUUUACUGUACAUUCCCUCAUCAGUGCUUUUGUGCAUCAGUUACAUAAUUUAUAUGUUAAAAAUGUUUUAGGUUGCAGCUAUUUAUAAAGUUUUAAAGAAAAGAUGGUGUAGUGCAUCUGUUUUCAUAUGAUUCUUUUUGUUUGGGGGUAUUUGUUUUUUUUUUUUUUUGUGUACAGUGGACUUUGCAUUUCCUCAGCAAUAAGGUUUUGUCAGAUCUCUCAUUUUUACAAACCAAGGACCAGCGCCAAAAUCAAAAAGUAUUACAUAUGCAGAAAAACUUCCAUGUCAUGUACAAAGGGGGGGAGGGGGGGUGUAAUUUAUACUGAUCUAACAUAUCAACUUGACCACUAGUCAUGUCUCUCAUAGUCAAAGCAUUUAUGGCCAGAAGGGACCAUUAGAUUAUCUAGUCUGACCUCCUGUGUAUCCCAGGCCAUUAAAUUGCACCCACUUAACCCUGCAUUGAGCCCACUAAUCACAUUUGACUACAGUAUCAUUUGUGUUUGGUUACGAGGCAUAAAUUCUAGAAGGGCAUCCCGUCUUAAUUUGACCACAUGAAGAGAUGGAGAAUCCACUGCUUCCCUUGGUAGUUUGUUCCAUGGUUACUUACCCUCACUUAAAAAAAUUGUGCCUCAUUUCUAAUUUCAAUUUUUCUGGCUUCAGCUUCCAGCCCUUAGUUUCUGUUAUGGCUUUCUCUGCAAGAUUGAAGAACUCUUUAGUACCUGGUACUUUCUCCCUGUGCUUAUACACUAUAACCAAGUCACCUCUCAAGCUUCUUUUUGAUAAACUAAACUGAUUGAGCUCUAACUCUCUCAAGGUAAGGCAUUUUUUCCAGCCCUCGAUCAUUUUUGUGACUAUUUUCUGAACACACUCAAAUUUUUCAACAGAGUGGAAACAUUUUUUUGGAGGGGCUGGGAAUGAAGCAGUAAAAAACUGCAGCCAGUGAUGGUUGGGAUAGUAAGCAAUCUGACCUAACGAUGAGCUAUAAGCAAACAAAAACCAGAACAGGAUUGGCCAAAUGUGCUCAAGCAAUCUCCUCUCCUUGGUGCAUCAUGGACAGGUUGCUGAAAGAGGACAAUGUGUAGAGGUCUUCUCCGAAAAUAGUGAAGAAAUAGUUCUCUUUUGCACUUGCAAAGCACCUGUCAGUCAGCGAACUCAAAGUGCUUUACCAACAUGUCAAUUAAUCACCAUCCAUUUCAUACGUAACCUAAGACCCAGAGCAGUUAGGUGACCUUGCCCACAGUAAGUAUAUGGCAAAACUUGAAAUAAAGCACAGCAAUGCCAUCUCCUAGGCCCCGGCUCUAACCAGUAGAUUAGUAGUUCCCAAACCAUGGCCCACAGCAAGCACAAGGCACAUCAUAACAUGGAGACCCCCCGUGGCUCCACAUCUCUAUGCCCACCCCCAUAACUUGGAGUGGCAGUGGGCCCCCCCUCCUCUUCCAGAGAAGCAGCAGCAUAGGGCCCUUUUCCCCCUUCAAGAAGGACAGCAGCUGUGGUCCCCAACUUUCCCUGAAGAGGCAGGAGUGGUAGCAUGGGGGAUCCCCAAUACCUUAACAACCAGAGUGCAUCAGCCUGGGGGGGUGAGCCAGACCCACUUCACACAUCUGCCACACAUGGUCCUGUCUGCUGGUGUUGGCAGGAGCGCCCCAGAGCAGUAGGGUCUUGGAGUUAACAUCCCAUUAGGAUAAACAGGGCCGCUCACAACUCUCAGAGCUAUUGUUUGAGGCCCUCUGCAAAUUCAGACAGAUGUCACUCAGUUUACAUUUUUGAAUUUUCCCUUGCAGCCAUGAAGGCUAAAAAUCAUUAAAAAUGAAAGAAAGAAAGAAAGCUGAUAGAGUUUACUCCUGGGGGAAUUUUGUGCCACUGCACAAGUGCAGAAUUAAUGUCCCGCACAGAUUUUCCCUCCCCUCCCCCUGCAGAAUAAUUGAUUCUGACAGGGAUAUGAAGGGAAGCUGCAAUUACACCUUUUGCCCACCAAAGGCUGAUGUGGUGACAGAAGAGAGGACAUGGGCCAGGACA